UCGAUCUGAGCUACAGUCUCCACACUGUGUCGAGCGCCCCGCUCUUCGGCCCGAGAAGUGUAUACGUGCCUUGUCCCAGUUUUCAUAGCACGGCCCGGAUAGCGGACGUAACACCGGAGCCUGUGUGUGGAUGAGGGUUUAUUCGGCCACCGCCAUGCUAGUUAGCGGCGCGUUUCCUGUGACAGAGCUGAAGCUGGUGGGCACUGUCUAGCUGACGCUUAGCCUGCUUUGUUUCGCGGUGGUGGAGAGGCGCUCCGGCCGCCUCGCGGGCCCGUCGCGGCGAUGGGUAUCCUCUUCACCAAGCUGUGGAGGCUUUUUAACCACCAAGAGCACAAAGUCAUCAUUGUGGGUCUGGACAAUGCUGGGAAGACCACUAUAUUGUACCAGUUUUCUAUGAAUGAAGUGGUCCACACCUCACCCACAAUAGGCAGCAACGUGGAGGAGAUCAUGGUCAACAGCACGCACUUCCUCAUGUGGGACAUAGGCGGGCAGGAGUCGCUACGCUCCUCCUGGAACACCUACUACACCAACACAGAGUUUGUCAUCGUGGUGGUGGACAGUACAGACAGAGAGAGGAUCUCUGUCACCAAGGAGGAGCUCUACAAGAUGCUUGCACAUGAGGACUUAAAAAAGGCUGGCCUGCUGGUGUUUGCCAACAAGCAGGAUGUGAAAGGUUGCAUGUCAGUGGCUGAGAUCUCUCAGAGCCUACAGCUCACAUCCAUCAAGGAACACCAGUGGCACAUCCAGGCCUGCUGUGCCCUCACUGGCGAAGGGCUGUGCCAGGGUCUGGAGUGGAUGAUGUCACGGCUGCGCGUCAGAUGAUCUCAGACCCGCCCCCUACCCCCCAUCGCCUCUGAGGAAACUCACACGGGACCCUCACGGUUAUUUAUUGCAAACAAUAUUCCGACUGGGAACUGCGAACAAAAUAAACUAAACAAACACUACUCCAGCAGGACUCCAGCAGGAGGUGAACAGAGGGAACUUCAUGUUCUCCAUGGUUGUGCUCCAGGACUGUGAUGAGGAGCUGAACUCUGGCUUUGUAGUGGCCUCUGGCUUCGGUGUGCCUGCCUCAGGCUCCUUUAAUGUAUGGGUCCUGCGGAGAGUGAGGGCUAAACAAACCCCUGUCAGUUGUGUGAAGUACAGCAAAAUAAAGUCUCUAUUUGUUAUAGGCGCA